GCCGGGAAGGCGGAGCCAGCGGAGCGGAGGCUCCCGACAGCCGCGCGGCUCCGGGUCUGGAGCAGAGAUCCCGGCGCGCCCAGGUUCCUUCCCAAAGAGAGCUGGAGUCUGUGUUCGGCUGCCUGGGGGAGUGGCGGGGGGGGCACAACUAGAGGGAGCCAAAGGAAUCCACGGACAGAGCUCAAGAUCUGACCAGCGCAGACAUGCCAGUGCUGUCUGAGGACUCCGGUUUGCAUGAAACCUUGGCGCUGCUGACGUCUCAGCUCAGACCUGACUCCAACCAAAAGGAAGAGAUGGGCUUCCUGAGGGAUGUUUUCAGUGAAAAAAGCCUCAGUUACUUAAUGAAGAUUCACGAGAAGCUUCGCUAUUAUGAGAGGCAAAGUCCAACCCCUGUUCUGCACAGCGCUGUGGCCCUCGCGGAGGAUGUGAUGGAGGAGCUGCAGGCUGCAUCAGUGCACAGUGACGAGAGGGAGCUGCUCCAGCUGCUGUCCACCCCCCACCUCAGGGCCAUGCUCAUGGUACACGACACAGUUGCCCAGAAGAAUUUUGACCCUGUUCUUCCUCCUCUGCCCGAUAAUAUCGAUGAGGAUUUUGAUGAAGAAUCAGUGAAGAUUGUCCGCCUGGUGAAAAACAAAGAACCUUUGGGGGCCACCAUCCGGCGGGAUGAGCACUCAGGGGCUGUCGUAGUGGCCAGGAUCAUGCGAGGGGGCGCAGCAGACCGGAGUGGCCUGGUCCACGUCGGAGAUGAGCUCCGGGAAGUGAACGGGAUCACAGUCCUGCAUAAGCGGCCCGACGAGAUUAGCCAGAUUCUGGCACAGUCCCAGGGAUCCAUCACCCUGAAAAUCAUUCCAGCUACCCAGGAGGAGGACCGCUUGAAGGACAGCAAGGUGUUCAUGCGGGCCCUCUUCCACUACAACCCGAGGGAGGACCGGGCCAUUCCCUGCCAGGAAGCAGGCCUGCCCUUCCAGCGCAGGCAGGUCCUGGAGGUGGUGAGCCGGGACGACCCCACAUGGUGGCAGGCCAAGCGAGUGGGGGACACCAACCUUCGAGCUGGCCUCAUCCCUUCCAAGCAGUUCCAGGAAAGGCGACUAAACCACCGGAGAGCCACGGGCACCCUGCCAGGCCCUGAGAGCCUCAAGAAGCCCCCCUAUGAUCAGCCUUGUGACAAAGAGACCUGUGAUUGUGAGGGGUACUUCAAAGGACACUAUGUAGCUGGUCUGCGGAGGAGCUUCCGGCUGGGCCGCAGGGAGAGACUGGAAAGCCCGCAGGAAGGAAAGGUGUCUGCAGUGGCUGAGACUCUGGAGCUGCCGACCUACGAGGAGGUGACCAGGUACCAGCACCAGCCUGGAGAGCGGCCCCGCCUGGUAGUUCUGAUUGGGUCUCUGGGAGCCCGACUGCACGAGCUGAAGCAGAAGGUGGUGGCAGAGAACCCACAGCACUUUGGUGUGGCCGUUCCACAUACCACCAGGCCUCGGAAGAGCCACGAGAAGGACGGGGUGGAAUAUCACUUCGUCUCUAAGCAAGCAUUUGAGGCCGACCUACAGCAUAACAAGUUCCUGGAGCAUGGUGAAUAUAAGGAAAACCUCUAUGGAACCAGUCUGGAGGCCAUUCACGUUGUGAUGGCCAAAAACAAAGUCUGUCUGGUGGACGUGGAGCCGGAUGCACUGCAACAACUGAGGACCUCAGAAUUUAAACCUUAUGUUAUAUUUGUAAAGCCUGCAAUUCAGGAAAAAAGGAAGACGCCACCCAUGUCCCCAGCCUGCGAGGAUGCAGCGGCCCCACUUGAUGAGGAGCAGCAAGAGAUGGCCGCCUCCGCCGCCUUCAUAGACCAGCAUUAUGGGCACCUGGUGGAUGCUGUGCUAGUGAGGGAGGAUCUCCAGAGCGCACACAGCCAGCUCAGAGUGCUCUUAGAGAAGCUGAGCAAGGACACUCACUGGGUACCUAUUAGUUGGGUCAGGUAACUGCAUCCUAGAACAGCCAGGUUGGAGGGGACCUGGAAGAGCCCAGCCUCCCUCAUGUGACCAUCAAGCAAGAGGGGCAGAAUUUGCCAUCAACUCCAUCAUGAAGAAGAGUAUUUGGGGAAAAUCUUGCCUGUCAUUGGUUUUUGUCUCUUGUUUCACUGCACCCCUCUGGACCAGAAGACAUGAGUCGAAAGGGGGCGUACCACAAAAUAACACGUGUCAUUCAUUAAAGUAUCACAGGCAAGUUGACCCUGAUUCUUUGUACCAAA